GCUUAGCAACAUGAAGGCAUUGGUUCUGUUCGUGGUCGGCGUGGUCGCGGCCGAGGCGGCGCUCGCCCCCGCAACUCCCGCCCGGGACAAGCGCACGCCCGACGACGACGACAUUCUCCUGUACCUGGCCUCCCGGCGCUCGCCGGUUGGGGCGCGAACCCGGCCUACCUUCCAGCCCAGGCAGAGCUUUGGCGGCCAAAGGACGCCCUUCUACUACUUCGACGACGACUUCUUCGACUUCGACCGCAAGAAGCGCAGCGCACCACAGCGCCAGAAGAGAGAUCUUGACUUCGACUUUGACGAUGACGAUGACGACUAUGUGUUCUACCGCGCCGUGCAGCCGCAGGCCGCCACCUACACCGCCACCCAGACCAGUACCACCGCUGCCGCGGCCCAACCCGUGCCCACACCCGUCUAUUACUACGUUGACAUCGAUGACGAUAUUUACGACCGCAAGAAGCGAUCCGCCGACUUCGAUUUUGAGGACUACCUGAAACUGUCCCGGUAUUCCUUCGGGCGCCCCGCCACCUCCUCUCUCCGCAGGACGUCCUACGCCCCCGUCGCGCCCGCCCCCAUCAGGGUCCGCUACUACGACGACGACUUAUUCGACUUCGACCGCAAGAAGCGCUCGGCGGACUUCGAUCUCUACGACGACGACGACGACGCCAAGUUCGCCGUCAUGUACAGCCAGCCCAGCUACACCCAGGUCACGCGGGCGGCCACCGCCACGCAGCCCCUCCGCACCUUCUACUACUACUAUGACGACGACAAAUAAGCGGGAGUCACGCGGGUCCGGGCGCUGAGCCUUCGCCGUCGGGGGCGGGGGGGGCGGACGCCUUGGCGGAGUGGCACUCGAUGUAUUCGGCUUUGAUUUUCCGUAAUAAAGAUUAUGUUUGGU